GGUCUCCUCUCGGAGCUCCAAAAACUCCAUGGGGAUCCAACGUGGUGAUGGACAACCCAGUGAUUAAGGAAAUCGCUCAAAAGCAUGGAAAGUCUACAGCACAGGUUGUGUUGAGGUGGGGAAUAGAUCAAGGAGUGUGUGCGCUCCCCAAGAGCUUUAAUAAAGGGAGGAUAACAGAAAUUUUUCAGGUUUUUGACUGGUGUUUAACUGCAGAAGACCAUGAGAAAAUGAGCAAGCUUGAGCAGAGGAAGAUACUCAGGGGAGAAGAUCUUGUAAACUCAACAACUAGCCCUUACAGAACCAUUGAAGAACUAUGGGAUGGAGAGAUCUAAUAUCAAACAA